AUGGCGCGCCUCCUCGCCCUGGCAGCUGCCGGCCCUUUCCCGCAGUUUGGCCGGUGCGCAGAGGUGAAGCCCCUUUCGGCAGUCGACCCGGCCGAGCUUUUCUCGGUGGUCGACAACAGGAAGGAGGGGGGGACCCCUGGCUGGGCUCUCAGUGAGCACGCGCUGCCCCUGCCGACCAACGCAUGGUGGGAGAACCUCGCAAUGGCCGGGGACACGUCCUCGCCAGAGGCUAACGUCUUCCAGAUGCCUUACGUCAUCAUGGCAGACGAUCGGGGCUUGCACGCGAUGCAGCCGUUCACCACGGGCGUCACGACGCAGGGCUUCGACAAGGUCGAGGCGCUGUCGCUGAGCGCGCAGGAGUACCCGAAGGGCCCCCGUGCAUCGAGCUGGGACGAGUUGGGCGUGACCCUCAACUGGCCGAUGAGGGACCCCAAGCAAGGCGUGAAGGUGCCCCUGGUCCGGGGCUCGCCCUACAUCUGA